CAAUAUGGCGGAUUCUAUCUGAGGGAAUUUCAAGGUAGUAACACUGUGAUUUUAAUAGCUUAGCAAGCGUUUGAGUGAGGCGUUCGACAUGAAAAUGGGUGGUAGGAGCCAAGUGAAUAAGUGGAAACAUAUUUAGAGAAGACUGAAAUAUGUCUGAAACAACAAAGAAAACCAAGACCAGAGAGGAGGAAGACAGAGAGUUGUUUCUUGAAUUGUGUACAAACAAUGGCAUCAAUAAUGCAGCACAAGAGGGACCAUCAGUACAGCUUAUUGAGAUGUUUUUCUCAGGAUAUCCCAGAAUCAUUGGGAUGCAUAAUUUUCCCAAUUUGCAGUGUUUAUGUAUUAUUGGGCAGUCAAUACAGAGGAUUGAUGGGGUCAUGCGUCUCACAAAGCUAAAGGAACUGUGGAUUGCUGAAUGUGAGCUAAAGAAAAUAGAGGGUUUGGGUGACAUGAAGCAGUUGCAAAAACUCUAUUUAUAUGCCAAUCAAAUAGAGAAGAUUGAAAAUCUUGAUCGUCUUACACAAUUGGAGGUUAUUUGGCUGAAUGGCAACAACAUAAAGAACAUAGAUGGUUUGACAAAUCUGAAGAAACUAAUAGAAGUCAACCUGGCAGAAAACCAAAUUCAAAAACUAGGCCAUUCCUUAGAUAAUCUUGUGAAUCUGGAGAACCUCAAUCUCUCAGGAAACAAGCUGUAUUCCUUUAAAGAUAUCACGUCCCUUGUUCGCCUUCCUAAAUUAACACACCUGGGUCUCAAAGACCCAAACUUUGCCCCCUGUCCAGUGGCCUUGCUGUGUAACUACUCCACCCAUGUGUUAUAUCACCUGCCAGGGUUACUGAGAUUGGACACCUAUGAUGUGUCCAGUAAGCAGCUUAAGGCAGCAGCAGAGGGAACAGUGACAAAGAAGAAGAUGUAUUACACCAUGAGAAUGAAGACAGUAAGAAGGAAGCAGGCAGAUCAGCUACUGACACUUAAGAAAACCCGGGAUGAAGUGUAUUAUAAACAUCCACAUGAACGGAUCAAAGCUUUGUGGUUUAGCAUCAAGGAGAUUGAUCGUGAGCUGGUAGACAUGAAGCAAAGGUCAGGCCACAUUGAAGAUGGCCAUGAAAGUGGGACAGAAAGUGAUAAAGAUGCCAGAGCAAUGGAGGUUGAAAUGGAACAAACUAUAAGUGCCAAAUUAGACCACAAGCAAGAAGCCUUAAGACACAGAAUGAACCACUGGGAGGAAAAAUGUGAUGAGAUUGAUUUCCACUACAAUGAAGCUAUCACAAAAACGCGUCAAGCAGGAGACACGGAGGUGACCAGGUUGAUUACUGAGCUGGAAACAGGUGGAAAUGUCCGAUAUGAAGAUGGGAAACCAACUGAUGUUUGGUUCACCUCUUGCCAUGAUCUGAUCCUGUCCAGGUUUUGUGCAGUAGACUACAGGGAGUUUGGCAUUCAGGGCAUCAUGAUACACAGGAUUACCAGGGUACACAACAGAAUACUCAGGACACGGUUUGAUGACAAACUGAGCACCUUGUUAGAUGAUGAUGACAGUUAUCUUCCUUCUACAAGGAGUGGCUCCCACAAGAAGCUGAUAGAGUACUUGUUCUGGGUGUGGGACCCUGAGCUUCCAGGAGGAACCAGUGAGCCUGCCAGAGUGCUGGAGGAAGGCUUCUUGGAUUCUGAUACUUAUAGGCAACUUGGUAAAGAUGCAGCUGUACCCCUGACCAACAGUUUGAGCCUUGCAGACAGGUUAAGAAUUGACCACCUGAAGAAAGCAGCUAGGUCCAAGCCAUAUAAGGAACCAUGUCCAUUCAGACAUGGACAUGUUGUGGUGUGCAAAGUAUAUUUAGGCAGGAACUCCCAGGCUCUGGAUACUAAGAUCCAAAGAGGCCAUUAUCCCAAAGUUGAUUCCGUUUUCAAACCCAGGAAAAUUUCAGGCAAAGGCACUCCUAAGUCAGAAGCACUCCAUGGACAGGCUUGUGAAUGUAGUACCAGGCAGUGUGAAUGGUUUAUAUUUGACCAUGAACUAGUGGUGCCAGAAUACGUGAUUGACUUUGAAUAUAUCACAAGGGUGAAGCCCACACAUCCAUUUGCCUGUGUAGAUGUUGGAGAAUUAGGAAGCAAAGCCACAGAAGCUGGGGAUUCUAAUGUGGAUGCAGAUGUGCUCAUGAUGGAACCAAUCAUUAAACCAAGACCAAGGUUCAUAACAAUAACUGAUGAACUGGUGCUGAAAGUUGCCAACUGUGAUAAUCUUAUCAAUGUGACAGAGCUUAAUCUCCAUGGCAAUGGCCUGAACCGCCUUCGCAAUCUGAACAAUGUGCCAAACUUAAAGAAACUCAUUGUGUCCUUCAACGAGCUCACCAAACUUGACGACAUUGCUCAUCUUCCUCUUGAAUAUGUUGAUGCCAGCUUCAACAAGAUUGCUACAUUGGAGGGAAUGAAGAACAUGAGCAAAUUGAAAUUCUUGGACCUAAGCUGGAAUCAUCUGUUCAGUACCAGAGAAGAGCUGGCCAUAAUAAGGAAACACUGUCCAAGUCUGGCUCAGCUGGACAUUAGGCAUAAUCAGUGGCAAAAGCCUGAUGGUCUCAGACUGAGGGCUAUAGGCCGGUUAAAGGCCCUGACUGUACUAGAUGGUAUUCCUGUGACAGAAUCUGAAGCCACAGCAGCUUUGAGAAUGGCAGCAGGUUCCAGAAUAUCACAGGUGUCUUUGCUGACACAUUCCAGAACUGACACAGUGCGCCCCAGGAGCCUGAACCUGUCCCCGUGUUCUCUGGUGCUAAGCCAGUUCAGCCGCUUCAAGCCUGACAGACUUGGGGAGCAGGACAAUGAGUGGUAUGCUAAGGUGACAUCUUUGAAUCUGGAUGGUCAGCACAUCAGUAAACUGUCCAACCUGGAGAGACUGGAGAACCUCAAGUGGGCUUCAUUCAAUGAUAAUGACCUGACCAGGAUUGAGGGGUUGGACAGCUGCACCAACCUUGAAGAACUAUGCUUGGAAAACAACUGUCUCACAAAAAUUGAAGGACUUGCCAAGCUUACCAAACUUCAGAAACUGUUGCUAGGGCAUAACUAUAUCACCACACUGGACAAUGUAGGCUUGGAUAAGAUGAAUGAGCUGGUGCAUCUCUCAGUGGAGAACAACAGGCUGACAUCACUGGUUGGUGUGCAGAGGAUUACUGGUCUAAUGGAACUGUAUGUGGGCAAUAACCUCAUCAGUAACAUCAGGGAUAUAUUUUAUUUGAAGAAUCUUUCAAAUUUCUUGAUCCUGGAGAUGUAUGGAAACCCUGUGGUGAGCGAAACUGAUAACUACAGGUUGUUUGUGAUCUACCACCUGAAGCCACUGAAAGCCUUGGAUGGAUUAGCUAUUGAAGCUUCAGAGGCAUCCCAGGCCAAGGAUUUGUAUGGAGGAAGACUUACACUGGACUUUGUGGCAGAAAAAGUUGGACACAGUAACUUCAAUGAAGUGAGAGAAUUGGACUUUCCGAAUGCUUCUGUGAGGACAGUAGAUCUUGGCAAUGGGCAGUAUUUCCACAACUUGAGGAGUGUUAAUUUGGAGCAUAAUAACCUAUCUUCAUUCAGUGGAUUGAUAUACCUGGUGAACCUGAGGGUGCUUUGUCUCAACCACAACCAUGUGGAAUGUAUUGUUCCACGUCCAAAACCUCAGGCUUCUAUCAAGUCUCGUGUGGCAGCAACUAUAAACUCCAGUGUGGACAACACAGCCCCCAGUCAAGACCUGUACAACCCUGAGUCAUACACUCCAAUACUGGAGAAUUUAGAGGUUCUGCAUCUUGGGUAUAAUGGUAUCAAGAGCAUGAUGGAUCUACAAGUGAGCAGGCUGACAGGGUUGAAAGCAUUGUUUCUACAGGGCAAUGAAAUAACCAAGGUGGAAGGUCUUGAAGGGCUGCAGGAUCUGAGAGAACUCGUCCUGGACCGUAACAAGAUCAAGUCCAUCACAGAGAUCUCCUUCAUGAAUCAGUGGAAUCUUCAGGAGCUUCACAUGGAGGAAAACAGAGUGAAGGAGUUAGAUGGGCUGACAGUGCUGGAGAACCUACAAAGGCUCUACCUGGGCAUGAACAGGAUACAAGAUAUCUCAGAGUUGGAAAAGAUGGAGUGUCUACCAAACUUAAUUGAAUUAUCAGUUGUCAGCAAUGCCGUUGCACGGCGGCUGAUCCACAGACCAAUGUUGGUUUUCAGGAUGCCCAACUUGAUGAUCAUAGAUGGCAUUCCAGUCAGUGAUGAAGAAAGAGCAAAAGCAGAACUCUACUUCAUGGACCAACAGCCUCCACAGAUUACCACAACAAUAGAAGCAACACUUCCAGGCAUUGGUCAGUAUAAGACCAGCAUCCCUGUCAAAGUGACCAAUGUCCAGCUUGCCUCUCCAGACCGGUCAUCUUGGAGUGGAACAAUACAGUACUCAGAUGAACCUAUUGCAUAUGAUUCUAGAGUACGAAGACGUAAUAAUCAACAGAAUCCAGUUACCACAGCACCAUCUGCCAUCAGUUUAGCUUCAAGAACAGCAAGUUCUACAUAUCCAAUGGGUUCCACUCAGUCCACCACCUCCGGUCAGCCCAGGAAUGGGGGGACAUUUGGAUAUCAGUAUGGACAGCAGGAUUACAUGAGCCAUGGGGAAAGCUUAGCACGAUUGAUGAGUAAAAGCAACAGAAGGUUGUAGCAUAAUGGAAGUUCCUUUGAUAGGUGACAGAGUGUGGCAAAUGGCAUGAUAAAGCAAUAUUAGUUGAACCAAUUUAAAAGUCAAAGCAAAAUUGCUUUAUUGGUGAUUUCUUAUCUCCAGAUCUGAUCUUUUUAAGGUCAACCAAAAAAAGGUCAUUGGGUUGUUGUAGUUUAACUACCAAUCAAAUAUAUCAAUUUGAGGAUGUGGUAUUAAACUGAAUCUUUUUUUCAUGAUGAUUGAAUAUUAUGUAAAAUGUAUGUUAAUUAGUGACUGUUAUGUAAGAGUUUCGCAAAUUGUGAAAUAAAUGAUGUUGUUAGUAAUUCUGAAUCAGGCAGAAAUGUAUAUAUAACUUUUACUGUAAUACAGUAGUUGAGGCAGGGUAUACCCAUUAUAUUUUUGUCCAUGAUGACAUUUUUUUGUGUUAUGUAACUAUUGUAAAGCACCAUUUUUAGUGAAAAUCUUAUAUUUGUACUAUUUUUACACAAGUACUUCCGUCCAGUCUUCAGACAGCCAGCCUGUCAUUCAAGAAUUUGUAUAUAAUUUGCAUAAUGAACAUUCUUUUAUGUACGUGUAACAUAAGUACACACCUUUGUAUGGUUGCUCAAUGAAAAUCAUCGUAACAGAUGCCAUUUAUGUAAAAAAUAAACAUUGUACUGUACUAUUCAGUAUUUUACAUUUUCCAGUUGAGAAAAAAAAAAGAGUAAAAAUAGUUAUCCAGUAUUGCUGUAAAUUUAUAACAUAAUUUUCAAAUAUGUUAUUUUUACAUUAUUUUCAUUU